AUGAUGGGCAGCACUUCAAUAGCCCUCCCGCUCGAUACCGACCCUGCCCUCGACCUGAUGCACCAAAAACCAAAAAGCCCCAUCUCAGACUCAGCAAAUAUCCUCUCUAUAAUCAAAGAGCAAGCCAAUGAAGACGAAGACCCCGAAAAGAACCGUGUGGCCUACGAGAACAUGUCUUGCGACGAAAUGGCUAAGCGUAUGGCAGACAGCUACAGGCAAUUAUCAGAGAUGCUCGGUACCACAAUCGCCACUCCCUCAACCGUGUCUGAGAAGAGCGACACACGCGAUUACGACUUCCCGGAACUCACCGAUGAAGAAACCGAAGAGGGAAUUCUGUCAGAUCCAGCUGAAGAAGCCGCCAAGAAACUCAAGAUGACGAAGCUAUUCACCAAAGCCGCAUCUAACGGUAACGCUGACAAGGUCCGCAAGCUUCUUCAGGACGACAAGACCAAGGCUUUAAUCGACAUUGAUGCCAAAGACGAAGAUGGCACCACUCCGCUAAUCUACGCUGUCUGCUUUGGCAAAGCCGAGAUUGCUCAGCUGUUGCUUGCAGCGGGUGCCAAAAUUGAUAUUCAGGAUGCAUUCGGUUGGUCCGCUCUCAUGUGGGCAACAAACAACAAUCACGAAGGUUUGGUUAAAAUCCUACUCGAACACGGCGCUUCCUCCCAGACCAAAUCUGCCAAGGGUCGUACCGUCUUUGACUUCCUCAACACCGAAAACCAAAAGAUUGUCGAAAUCCUCACCACAAACCCCCGAGACAGCAUAUCAUCUACUUCUAGCAUUGCCGGUCGUACCCCUGGAAGUGUCUCCUCUACCUCUUCCAAUGCCGGAGACUGCGACUUCUAUUAUCAGUCUACAGUAGAGGGCUAUGAUACAUUUAUGGAAGAAGAAGCAAAUCGUCAUCAGAAACUAAUCGAAACCGCCAUGACUCUUGUCGGCGGAAACGACGUCGACAAAUACAAAAACAACAAGGGGUAUCAUGAUUUUGAAAACGACGAAGACGACGAUGAUGAUGACGACGAAGAUUUUGAAUUUAAUGAGGACGACGACGAAAACUAUGAGGACAAUGAGUUCCAUUGGGACCGCUGCAUGCCUGACCAGAUGUUCGUUUUUGCUGCCGAUGACCUUGAUUACAUUCUUGAUACCGUUAUCACCAACUUCCAGUUACCAGUCAAAACAAAACAGGAAAUCUGUGUACCUGCAAAUGUUGCCUUCUUGAGCGCACGUUUUGCCCACUACUUCUCAAGCGAUGAAUUACUCCAUCAAGUCCUUAAGGGCGCCCUUGACCGCAUGAGUAAAGCCGUCAAGGCCAAUUCUCGCAAUGUCCAUGUGCUUGCAUUUUGGAUAACCAAUUUUACCCAGGCACUCUAUUACCUUAAGAAGGAUUGCGGGCUAGUCGUAGCCACGGCAGAACAUCAACUGCGCCUAUCAGAGCUAGUCCUUGAAACAUAUUUGAUGAUUAUAAACGAUACCGAACGACGUCUAGCAAAGGUCAUCGUGCCAGCCAUGCUGGAACACGAGCAGAUCCCAGGCAUGGAGGACGUCGAUUUUGCAGAUGACUGGCAACGCUUCUUCAGGCGCACCAGCAGACGUUCAGUGGGUGUACCUCCAGAUGGUGGUCUGGCAGUACAGAUGAAGCGCAAUACCACACCAGACGAAGCAGGGCACAAUAUUUCGCCGCAGUCAAUCACUAGUCUCUUGGAUUCGAUUCUGUUCGUCUUUGAUUCGUACAACGUCCACCCGACCAUUAUAAUUCAGGCCCUCGCCCAGUUUUUCCACUACAUGUCCUGUGAAAUGUUCAACCGGAUCCUAACCACCAAGAAACUCCUUUGCCGCUCCAAGGCCAUGCAGAUCCGUCUUAAUUUGUCUCAACUGGAAGACUGGAUCCGUGCCAAACAGUUGCCCUCCAGUCUUGCUUCUUAUCUCAACCCAACCAUCCAAUUAUUGCAGCUGUUACAAUGUCUUACUCAGCUUGGCGACCUCCCAAAUUUUAUUAGUACAGUUCAGACAUUCGAUGUCGUCAAUUCACUCCAAAUCAAGCGUUGUCUUAUUAAUUAUCGCUACGAAGUCAACGAAGCUCGUCUACCAGAAGACGUCGAGCGUUAUGCCAUUCAAGUUGCUGAAGAUAGCAUUCGCUACAAGCAGGCCCGUCGACAAUCUCGACAGUCUAUGGACGCUAACCGCAAAUCCGGUAUACCCCUAUCACGUGCUCAGAGUGUAUCUCUUCAACGCAAGCCUUCUCGCCGAGACAGUGUCUCUAGUUUUGUCGGCUCUCUUAUGUCCAGCGUUGGAAUUUCUUCAUCUAUUUCCCUCCCCCCUACCCCCACAACCACCGAAUACAACAUUCCUUUAAGUGCCAAAACACCUGCAGACUCUAACUCAAAAGAAAAAGAAAAAGAAGAAGAAGAAGAAGAAGGGGAGGAAGAAGACACAAAAGAAAUCAAAGACUCUCGGUUCAUGCUGCCUUUCUCUGUGCCUACUACUGCACAUAUGGUUGCUGUUCACAGCUGGGCAUCUGAGCCAGAAGAGGCAAGACGUGAUAAGGAACUCCAGGCCGUGCCGGUCAUACCUGAGGAGUGGAUGGACAAGCUAGACAAGGGCAGUCUAGAUUAA